UGACCGAGUCCCGUUCUCUCUAAGUCUCUUAGUGUCUCCCUGACGCUAACGGCGAAAUAAAUUCACGACAAGUGUUGAAACGGUGAGAUGAAAACGUACAGUCGAAAAAAGGGCGAUAGCCCUAGCAACGUGAUUAUCCAUAUGAACGAGCUGUGCCGACUGUGCCUGGCAAAGGAGGAGGAGAUGGUGCCGAUUUAUGACGACGAAACUAUCCCCUUAUCGCUUCGAAUAAUGGCCUGCGUUAAUUUGGAGGUUUAUGAAGAAGAUGGUCUCCCGAAUAUGAUGUGUCAUCCAUGCAAGUAUCAAUUAGAAAAAUCUUAUCAGUUUAAGAAGAAAUGCGAAGCUGCUGAUGCCAAGCUUCGAAAACACAUGAAACUGAUACAACAGUUAACGGGUCAAGACGAGGAAGGAGAAAAUCAGGAUAAUAGUAGAGAAGAAUUAAAGGAUGGUUCCAAUAGUGGAAAGUCUAAACAAGUUAAACAAUUAUUAGCUGAUUUAGUAUCAACUAAAGGGGACAGUGGUCAGGCAGAUGGAGAUCCAAUUGAAGUCACAGAGGAAGAACUUGUUGGUGGUUAUAUUUUAGGAAUGAAUUCAGAGAAUUUGGAGAUGGAGGAAACUUCGUCAGAAGAUCCAAAAAACAUCACAUUGGUACCUGCUGAAGAACGUGUAGCUAAAGCACGUUGUACAAUACGUACAACUCGAAUUAAACAAGAACAGGAAUCUGACGACGAAGCAGAAGAAGUGCAGAGAGCAAUCGCAAAUGCUGACCACAAAAACGUUUAUAUGAUGGAACUUACCAGUAACAGUUCUGGUCAAGGAGAAUCACUGAAGUUGCAACCCAUUACGGACACUAUAGUUCAAGCUAGUGAAGAAUUAAAAGUAUUCAAAUGUGACAAAUGCCCAAAAGCAUUUACUCGAAGGAUAAUGCUAAAGAGUCAUCAAUCUGUUCAUUCUACGCAAAGAGGAUUUACAUGUCAGGCUUGUGAGAAAUGGUUCCCUACUAGAUCAGCCCUCGUGAGACAUGAACGUACUCAUACAGGUGAAAAACCAUUUGGGUGCAACAUUUGUCACCGAGCAUUUGCCCAAAAAGAAAUUUUACUUCGGCAUCUGAUGACACAUUCUGGACAAAAGCCAUUCCAGUGUCAACAUUGUGAUAAGAGCUUCACCCAACGUGAAGCUUUGAAGGUGCAUAUGAGAAGACAUCAGAAGCUAGACCCGAAUGACAUUCAACUACAUCAUUGUCAACUCUGCCCUAAAGCCUUUUGUCAUGCGUCUGGACUCAGUAGACAUUUGGUUACGCAUACUGGAAGAACGUACAAAUGUGUAGAGUGUGAAAAAUCAUUUACUGAUAAGAGUUCAUUGUUAAGGCACAGUCGCAUUCAUGCACCUAAAAAGAUAAUAACAAAUUAAAUUUAUUCAGUAAUUAUAAGAAGAGUAU